AUGCAAAUCCAGCGAGGCGCUUUCAGUAGGAUGCGCUCAGCUCUCAGCCAUUGGUCGACUCGCGCGCCUGGAAGACAAACCUCACGCUGAUUGAGAGAAUCCAGUUUGAGAGACCAUGGCUUCAAAGUGCCCUAAAUGCGAAAAGACUGUUUAUUUUGCUGAGAAAGUGUCAUCACUGGGGAAGGAUUGGCACAAAUUCUGUCUGAAGUGUGAGCGCUGCAGUAAGACCCUCACAGCGGGUGGCCAUGCUGAGCAUGAUGGGAAACCGUAUUGCCACAAGCCAUGCUAUGCUGCCCUCUUUGGACCAAAAGGUGUGAACAUUGGGGGUGCAGGCUCAUAUGUGUAUGAGGCUCCUGUCAACCCCUCCCCACCUGCAUCCAAUGUGGACUCUGCACCAAAACCUCAGGAGAAACGGGUCCAAGCAUUUUCAAGGCCGCCAUCUAAAGCUGGAAGCAUCACAACCUUCUCUGGGGAAGCCAACUUGUGUCCCAGAUGCAACAAGAAGGUCUAUUUUGCUGAGAAGGUGACAUCACUGGGGAAGGACUGGCAUCGUCCAUGCCUGCGUUGUGAGAGAUGUAGUAAGACUCUGGCAGCAGGCAGCCACGCAGAGCACAAUGGUCAGCCCUACUGCCAUAAACCAUGUUAUGCAGUCCUCUUCGGCCCAAAAGGUGUAAACACUGGGGGUGUUGGCAGCUACAUCUAUGACAAGGAGCCCAACACAGAGGCUCUGCCUUGAUUUUUCAGUCCUUGGGAAGCCCAACA